UUAAACACUAGUAUAUAAUAGUAUUAAUACUCUCUCUCUCUCUAUCUUUGAAUAUACAAUACGUGUCUUUUAAUAUACAAUUCAAUACAUUAUUAUAACUAUAAGUCUAUAAAACAAAACACACGUUUCGGGUGACUAUUAUUAUUAAGUCAAUUAUUACCUAUUGAUUGACCACUUUUUUUUUGGACGGACGGACGGACGGACUGACCGACCAAUUGGUCCAUUCAAGUGAUUUAUAAUAAUAAUAAUAAUAACUACAAACUUAAUGACAAUGAAGAAAACUUGUGGCCACUACUGUCUGGUGGCAUUCGUGGCCCUGUCGGUGACGUUUUGUUUAGCGGCCAAAAAGGACGACUCGUCGUCCACAGCCGACGGCAAAGACUCUGUCGGUACGGUUAUCGGUAUUGAUUUGGGAACCACUUAUUCGUGUGUCGGUGUGUUCAAGAACGGUCGGGUCGAGAUCAUUGCCAACGAUCAAGGAAAUCGUAUAACACCGUCGUAUGUAGCCUUUACUCAGGAGGGCGAACGUCUCAUUGGCGAUGCGGCCAAAAAUCAGUUGACAUCGAAUCCCGAAAACACUGUAUUCGAUGUCAAACGGCUGAUCGGUCGCGAAUGGUCUGAUAAAACGGUUCAAUCGGAUGUAAAAUUUUUUCCAUUCAAAGUUAUCGAGAAGAAUAGCAAACCGCACGUUAAGGUCGAGACGGCUCAGGGUAUGAAAGUGUUUGCACCCGAAGAAGUAUCGGCAAUGAUAUUGACCAAAAUGAAAGAGACAGCCGAAGCCUAUUUGGGUAAAAAGGUUACGCACGCUGUGGUAACCGUACCGGCCUAUUUCAACGAUGCUCAACGUCAGGCCACCAAAGAUGCCGGUGCUAUUGCCGGCCUAAUUGUUAUGCGUAUUAUCAACGAACCGACUGCAGCGGCCAUUGCCUACGGACUGGACAAACGCGAAGGCGAAAAGAAUAUCUUGGUUUUCGACUUAGGCGGCGGUACUUUCGACGUAUCGCUACUGACCAUCGAUAACGGUGUCUUCGAAGUCGUAUCGACUAAUGGCGACACUCAUUUGGGUGGCGAAGAUUUCGAUCAGCGAGUUAUGGAACACUUUAUCAAACUGUAUAAGAAAAAAACGGGUAAAGAUAUGCGUUCGGACAAUCGGGCCGUCCAGAAGUUGCGCCGUGAGGUCGAAAAAGCUAAACGAACCCUUAGUGGUGCACAUCAGGCGAGGAUUGAAAUCGAGUCCCUAUUCGACGGCGAAGAUUUUAGCGAAGUCCUCACUCGGGCCAAGUUUGAAGAGCUUAAUAUGGAUCUGUUUCGGUCGACACUGAAACCCGUACAGAAAGUUCUCGAAGAUGCCGAUCUACAGAAAAAAGAUAUCCACGAAAUUGUUUUAGUCGGCGGUUCUACUCGUAUACCAAAAGUACAACAAUUAGUCAAAGAGUUUUUCAAUGGCAAAGAGCCGACACGCGGUAUCAAUCCGGACGAAGCCGUAGCUUUCGGCGCUGCCGUCCAGGCGGGCGUACUAUCCGGCGAAGAGGAUACCGGCGAACUGGUCCUAUUGGACGUUAACCCACUGACUAUGGGUAUCGAAACUGUUGGCGGCGUUAUGACCAAAUUGAUUCCCCGAAAUACAGUCAUUCCGACCAAAAAAUCCCAGAUAUUCAGUACCGCAUCCGAUAACCAACACACCGUAACCAUCCAAGUCUACGAAGGCGAACGGCCGAUGACCAAAGAUAACCAUAUGUUGGGCAAGUUUGACUUGACUGGUAUACCGCCGGCACCCCGUGGUGUACCCCAGAUAGAGGUUACAUUCGAAAUCGAUGUCAACGGUAUACUGAAAGUAUCCGCCGAAGACAAGGGUACCGGCAAUAAGGAAAAGAUUACGAUUACCAACGAUCACAAUCGCUUGACACCCGACGAUAUCGAACGGAUGAUCAAAGACGCCGAGAAGUUUGCCGACGACGACAAAAAAGUCAAAGAGAAAGUCGAAGCUAAAAAUGAAUUGGAAUCGUAUGCCUAUUCCUUGAAGAACCAGUUGGCCGACAAAGAGAAAUUGGGCGGUAAGAUAACCGAUGAGGAAAAGACAACCAUAGAGUCGGCAGUUGAUGAGACAAUCAAAUGGAUGGAAUCGAAUUCGGAAGCAGAAGUAUCGGAAAUGAAGGCCAAGAAGAAGGAACUCGAGGAUACUGUUCAGCCGAUUAUUGCUAAACUGUAUGCCGGAGCUGGAGGUGCGCCGCCGCCACCCGGCGGUGAUGAGGACGGCUCGUCAUCGCCCGAUACGGAAAAGGAUGAACUUUAACCUGUCUUUCAUUGUCUAUAUAUAUAUCUCUCUCUCUCAUUGUUUGUAUAAAAAUAAGCAAUCGUUAGGUGUUUUUAAUUAUUUUAUUAAUUAAUAAUAUAAUAUAUUAGCUCUCAUUUUAUUCAUCACCCAAUUGUUUCCAAACACUUCAAACAAAACAACUACAACAACAACAAACAAGUCAUCAAAUUUCUAAUUUAUUUU